AUGGCCUUUGGCCUAGGAGCUUCAGCAGUGGUCUUAAAACGAGACGACGGCAAAUGCUGCUUUACAUUGAAAGGCACUGGCUCGGUCACCGGUCCCGUCUGGCAGCUUCGAGAGGGAACAAUUCGUAUUGGUGGCAGCAAUCCUCCAUCCAAGUUCUGCAUCGAUACGUCGACGAGAACUAUGACAGAUCCUGCUGGUAGGGGUUGCGGCAUUGGAGCAUCGUCUAAGUUAGCAUGCAGAGCUGGUAUUUCCCGUUCUCAUGGCUUCCUCGGGGACGGCAAAUCCCUCACAUUUCGGAGUGAUCCAACAUUCUGGGCUUGCCCUGUCGAUGUCAUUGGUGGUGAAUACAGUGUCUUUAGCAGUCCUAUCGUAACUAAAUCGCCCUGCGUCCCUAUCACAUUGAGCCCUUCUGGAGACUGCAUACCACAGACCCCGCCACAUGAGAAGAAGAAUAUGGAUUGCAAGAAGUACGAUGACUGCUACAAGGCACCGGAAUGCUUUAUGCCGGAGGUCCCCAAAGCCUGCCGGAAACCACAUUACGAUCUCCCGAGACCGCUGCCAGAGGCGGUGAAAUAUGACUGCUCUUGGUAUGCAGCAUGUGAGAAAGCACCCAAGUGUAUGGUCCCGGCCAAGGUCCCCCCCAAGUGCAAGCCAACACUAUCUAGGAUGGCAAUUGCGCCACCUCACGCCAACUGCUCUUGGCUGAAGGAAUGCGAUGAAAUGGGCUUCUGCGUUUACCCAGUUAAGCUUGCGGAGUCUUGUCUCAAGCCGACCCCAUCUCCACCAGCGCCUUUAUCCUCCAGUCCAGCCCCUCCUCCACCCUCGAAAUCUAUCCCGCCACCGCCAUCGCCGCUAUGUCACAGUGUGUGCUCCACGCCCACACCCAAGUCAACUCCCUCUCCUUCGUUCUCUCUUCCGCCGCAUACUUCACCAAGAAUCAAACGCUCGUCUUCGUCGGAGCACAAAACAACCCAUCGUCUUUCACCUUCUUCCACUUCCAAAAUUUCUUCUUCAAUCCCAUCACAUCCAGAAUCGACGACCAUUCCUUCAUGUAAACAAAUCGAAAGAUGCUUCAAGAAUCCCAAAUGCCCCAAGCCGAAGGAAAUUCAGGAAGGGCAUGAAUGUUGGAAGCUCGAAUAUUUCCACUGGGGGCAUGAGGGUAGCUUUUUGUCUUCAUCUAAAUGCGGGUCGAUGAAGUGCGAGGAGGAGUCGAUGGAGGGUAAGCAUGGUCAGACCAAGGGGCCGCGUCGCGAUCCUCCCGGUACAAAUAUGCCUGAAAAUAUGCCUACAACAACGCAGAUGGUAAGUUUAACGACUUCGAAGGCACCCAUAACGUCAAUGAAUUUCAAGAAGCCUCACAAGACGACGACUUUGUCGGAGAAGCCCGGAAAGUUAUGCUCGGCCACGCACAAUCACUCACCCCACGCAACACCCGCUCCCUUGACAUCCCGCGAAAAGGGCCCCGCGCAAUGCAAAAAGGAUCUCUCAGGCUCCCACGUUCAACCCCUCUACAUCCAACAAAUCAGCCGUCAUCAACCAAAGCACACCUGGCCACCGUCUCAACACGCCAAGAUCUGCAAAGGCGUGUCCGCGCUCUACACCUUCGACAUCCCCUCUUCCUUCACCGGCAAGAAAUGCGAACUCCUCUUCCUCUUCCCCCGCCGUAAGCAUCUCGCCGACUCUCACUUCAGCUUCAAUAACAAGGGGGCUGUGGAUGUGGAUAGGUUGAACAAGUCCGUGGGACCAGGAGCCACCUUCGAGUCUCUGGAACAUGCGAAUCCGGAAAUGCAUUUGACGCGCUUUGAUCUGAUAAAUGGGAAGCAUUGGGUGCUAGAUAGGCAGCCGUGUACGCCGGGGCAGAUUUCGUAUGAGUUGCUAGAUAUGGAUGAUUUGUGUGUGGAGUUUGAUCAGUCUGGGCCUGUGGUUGGGAAGCGGCCUGUGGGGCUUUAUGUUGCGGCUUGCUGAGGGGAAGUAGAAGUAGAAGUGGUAAGAAAGGCCGUGGGUGAACUCGUUCUUGUUUCUAGUAUUCAUGAAGGUCUAU